AUGGGCAAGAACAAGCGCAAGAAGGGCGGCAAGGGCUUCUACCAAACCAAGAACAAGAAGCACCGAUCCAAGGAUGAAAGGGCUGUGUGGGCCCGACAACAGCAGCAGCUACAGGAAGCCGCCUUGCAGACUCCCCAUGCAGUCACUCCUCAUGUCAACACUGGUCCCUUCCACAAUGAAGAUAUUGAUGAUGGGCUGCCUCCUCCUGUUGCCUCCCUUCGCUCUGCUGCUCGCAAGCCAACACCCACGGAGCAACUGGAUGAUGAACGACUGAAUGAACUCUUGGGUCCCCCUUCUGAUGAUGAGCAUGAUCCUCCUUCUGACGAUGAUGAUGCUGCAGCAGCAGACCUUCGUCUCACUCCUGAAGAGAUGGAAUCUUUCCUGAGUCAGCAAUCCUUUCUUCACCAUGACCGUUCAGAGCGGAUUGCAACUUACCACCUCUAUUGCCGGGUGCACAACUUCCCUUCGGAUUGGACUGGAAAGGGCAGUACUGGAUUGGCAAUCAAGGACGCUCUUGGGAUGAAGACGCGGAAGCCAAUCAAGAAUAUCUUCGAGACAUCAAUUACUGUGCCAAGACGCCUUUGA